CGCGCGGCAGGACACCGUUGCAGUGCCGUGAGCGCGCCUUCCGCGUCUGAUUCGUGCGCUGACAGCCAGCGGUGCGAACUGGACUCAUCAACGGCUAGUGAUCCACACCUCGCGCAUUAUCAAACAAAUAGUGCUCUGCGGAUCGUUUCUUCACCUUAUUCCUUCGCUACUAUUCCUCCAAAAUGAACCCACUGUGUAGCAGAUGUAACCGAGUGGUGUAUCCCACGGAAAAAGUGAAUUGUCUUGACAAGUACUGGCAUAAAGGAUGCUUUAGCUGUGAAGUCUGUAAGAUGACUCUAAACAUGAAGAACUACAAAGGCUUUGAGAAGAGACCAUACUGUAAUGCACACUAUCCGAAGACGUCAUUCACCAGUGUUGCAGACACUCCGGAGAACCUGCGCCUGAAACAGCAAAGCAAGAUGCAGAGCCAGGUGCUCUACAAGGAGGAAUUUGAGAAGAACAAAGGAAGGGGCUUCAGCGUUGUGGCCGACACACCGGAGUUGCAGAGAAUCAAGAAAACGCAAGACCAAAUCAGCAACAUUAAAUACCAUGAGGACUUUGAGAAGAGCCGAAUGGGAGGGGAUGGCCCACCUCAGCACCCACAUACACCUCAGCAAAACACAACUCCAGCAUAUCAACCCCCAGCAGCAUCUCAGAACUAUCACUAUGAGCCUGAGCCUGUGCGUCAGGCCGCUGCCGCCCCUCCUCCCAGCUCUGGGAAGCGCUACCGAGCGGUGUACGACUACACCGCAGCUGAUGAGGACGAGGUGUCGUUCCUGGACGGCGACCUGAUCGUGGAUGUUCAGCAGAUCGACGAGGGAUGGAUGUACGGAAGAGUGGAGCGCACUGGCCAGCAGGGGAUGCUGCCGGCUAACUACGUAGAGGCCAUCUGAACAUGAGAGCAAGAGAAAGGAAGAAAAGGUUUUAAAAAAAUAAGAGAGAGGGGGUUGCGGCGGAGACGCAGAUGAUUAGCCGAGUGCCAUCUCACCUUUCAAGAUCUCAUCUUUUUCCUCUUCUAUUCCUGCACUAACUGUCCUAUCAGGGGUCAGCCGCUAUGACCCGGUUAUGAUCCAAAACAAACAUAGUUCAGUAUGUAAUCAUACACACCAACAGCGCAUACAUGUACUCGCAUAAAUAGUGAAUGAUUUACUCCUUUCACCCAUAUCUUUCUCUCUGUAUGCACCUCCCUGUCUAUUGCUUUUGCUCUGUCUGUCUGACUGUAUUUCUUUUUAGUAAGCGUUUCCUCAGUCAUAGAAAGGUGCUGUCACAAGUGGCACUUAAGUCUUAACAAGACUCGCACACACAAACCCACAAAAUACAUGACCACAUAGGCCUCUAAAAUAUUUAGGGCCUGCCAUAGAGCACUUCUCAAACAUCUCAACAAAUUUAUCUUAUCAGUUGCUAUGACAAUAUGUGAAAAAAAAUCUGGUCCGAACUUCAUUUGUCAAGUUUUUUUUUAUAUAUAUUUUUAAAUGUUUCAUAUCUUUAUUGGAGCCUGUAAUUGCAAUGUAUUCAGUACAGUUUCACACCUCAUUGGCUGUAGGUUUGUAACAAUGGUUGAAUAUAAGACUUCUGGUCAUUCCAAUCAUCAUUCCAUACGUCUGACCAUUUGCAUCAUGUGUUCAAACUGGAAAGUAAAAAGGCUCCUCUUUUUCAACUGGACAUUCUUGAAACUGUAUGAAAGGGGCGGAGCCUUUUGCUACUCUUAAGCAUACUUAAGCUCCUUCACAUUCCUCUAGCCCUUUACGAAAUUAAUUAGAAUAUAAGAGCGUAAUUUUGUUCUGCUGCUCCUGCUUUUAAGAAUGACAAGGAAAUAGUGAUGUACUUUGUUCUUCAUAAAGGGAAAAAAAGAAACUAUAUAGUCACUUAGCAAGCGAGGAGCAGAACAGCAUUGUAGAAUAGAAGUGAGGAGCCCAAGCACAAUUUUAUGGACCAUUUAUGCUUUGGAUUUUAAUCAUUCCAUUGGUUUUGUUCCAUUACGGUUCUGGGGCGUUCCAUGUGCAUAGUAUGAAACUGUAAGACGUUGUUAUUGAUGUUUUUGUUAGUUUGAUUUUUCCUCAUAUCAUUGCUUAUUCACAUUGCCUUGCUGGUAUUGUACGAGAUGGAAUUUUAAUGUCAAUUUAUCAAUAUCAAUGGAAUAAAAAAAUCUAUUUGUAUACCAA